GUCAGAAGCAUCAGCAUUUAAAAAAAAAAAAAAAUGGACCUGCUGGCCAAAGCAUCUGUGCUGCUGUUGCUGCUCCUGAGCCUCAGCAACGCUCAAACUGACAAUAUGGAGGAAGCAGAAAACGGUUCAUCAAAGGAGGAAAUAGACGAGUCUGAACUGGAGGACGUGUCCUCCAUCAUCUUCAGAAUGAACAACAACUCUAUGGAGGAACUGUUGGAAGGAGAUCUUGUUCUUCCCAAAACCAGGAAUGCCAUGAAGUGCUUUGGCGCUCCAGAUAGCUGCCGCUGGCCAAAGUCUUCCAAUGGCAUCGUGAAGGUUCCUUAUGUGGUUAGCGACAACUAUGAAAGUGACGAGAAGGAAACCAUUCGGAACGCCAUGAAGGAGUUUGCAGAAAAAACCUGCAUUCACUUUGUUCCUCGCAACAAUGAGAGGGCCUACCUGAGCCUUGAACCCAGAUUUGGCUGCAAGUCUAUGAUGGGCUAUGUUGGUGACAAACAAGUGGUGGUGCUGCAGCGGUUUGGCUGCAUAAAGCACGCCGUCAUCCAGCAUGAGCUCCUGCAUGCUCUGGGUUUCUACCACGAGCACACUCGGAGCGACCGCGACCAGCAUGUAAAAAUCAACUGGGAAAACAUCAUUAAAGAUUUCACACACAACUUUGAUAAGAAUGAUACCGACAAUCUGGGCACCCCGUAUGACUAUGGCUCCAUCAUGCACUAUGGAAGAACUGCCUUUGGAAAAGACAGAAAGGAGACCAUAACCCCCAUCCCUAACCCCAAAGCUGCCAUUGGCCAAACAGAGAGGAUGUCGGACAUCGAUAUACUUCGAGUCAAUAAGCUUUACAAAUGUUGAGAUGACAUGAGCUGAAAAUGAUAUUUGAUGCUUCAUGUGGGUGUAACGACAUUAAAGUGAAUCGGUAAAGG